GUUUAGUUGACUAAAGGAAAGAUAUUAAUUCAAUUUUGAUUCAAUACUCGAAAAGUAUACUUUAACAAAAAUGUCUUAUUUGGCUUUAUUUUUUCUUAGCUUCGUUUGUUGGACACAGACCUCCUACGCAGUAUGCCCAUGUAUGCAGAAAUUUAUUGGAGUAGACCUCAGCGGAUUCGCCAAGCCAGCCAAUACAAACUCACUGGCAGUCACUAGUACCGUUCCCAGUGCACUUCCAGUGCCAGUCUCGCCUAUAAGUAUUACCAACGUCGGCACCAGUAAUAUUCCCAGUGCGUUCACAUUGCCAUUGUCCACUGUGUCCAAUAACGUCGUGACCAGUGCGGCUCCAGUCAGUAACGUGAUUGGCAGCCCUGGCUUAAUCAAUCCUGGGCUCGGUCUAGCUAAUGCGGGUAUGAACAAUUACGGGUAUGGACUUGCCAAUACAGUUGGUAGUGUCAGCGCUGGAUUAAAUGGCGUUAACGCUUUUGGAAUUUUGUAAUAAAUGUUUGUUUUAAACGUUAUUAUUAGUAUUAUUAUAAUAAUAUGAGUGUUGUUAUUGUAAUUAAGUGUUUUGGGAUGACAACAUUAAUAAAUAUUAUGAAAAAAUAAAAAAUGAGAUUAUUAUUUACCAUUUUGUAGAUAAGUUUUAAAAUUUUACCGGUUUAGUAGACUGUUGUCAUAUGAUGAUGAAAUUAUGAACUAAAACUCGAAAGAAUUAAAAUACAUCUGUGGGCUCGAUUU